CAGGGUCUCUUAUCAUGAUUUCUUCGAGUCCCAUUCUGUAUUUCUCUCCUGCUGCGAGGAUCCGAAUGUUUUCCUCUCACCGAAUUGCAACACCUUAACAAAAACGGUCUUCCCCACAACCGAUGCUUGUGUGACAGGUGAGGUUGUUGACGCAGAUCAUUCCGGGCCUGGUAGCGGCGGCCACUUAGCCCGCGGGUGCGUGGGCUUCCUUCGGCAAGACGCGCGCAGCGACCUCGGGCCCACUACGACUUACCAGCCACUGGGCCGCCAAUACAACCUCACCACGCUCACUCCCUACGGGCUCUUUGACCAGGAACAUGGAUUUCAGGAGGCAUGGAAAGUAUGGCACUUGACCGUUGUCACGAUCAUUCUUUCACGCUUCCUGUUGCACAAUCACAGUCACGGCCCCGAUGAGAAUGCUGUGCUGGGUUGAACAUCGGGCAAUGCCGGCUUUACUUCACGACGUCAACUCUCUGAUGUACGCUUAAUUGUCGUCACAUGCGGUCCCACCACGACAACUUCAUGCUAUUGCUAGGUACGGAGUAGAUCAAAUUCACCGUCUUAAUACCCGCCACACAGCCGCAGAAUGCAAGUCAGGAUCAGUGAGUGGGCUUGCAGAUGGGGAUUCCGCUUCCGGACCGGUCUUCAGCCCUAUCAGACUGGCAGUUGCUGUCGCAUCUGCUUCAUGCUUGAUCAGAUGGGCCGUUCCCGUCAGCGUAGCGAAUGGCCUCCCGUCGUUGCAAGACCACUGUUGGACUCUGAGUACGACGGCUUUCCCAUUGGCAGCCCGGCAGCCCGGCAUCUCGGCGGACGGCGACACAGUCAGCUUGAUCCUACCUGCGAUACCAUUGGGACUUCUCGCAGCUCUAAUGGGGCCAAGAAGGCGGCUGGUGAUAACACCAUAUCGAUUACUGCGCUGGUGAGGGGCAUCCUUGCCUCAGCUCAGCUGGCCAUUGACAUGCGCAGUCUUGGAGACUGGAUACCAUUUUUCUUGCCAUUUCUAGUUUCGGAUUGCAUUGCUUGGGAAUAUUAGGUGCAGAUUCCGUCGUCUUAUCCACUUUCUGGUUUUAUCGUACGGUAUUUUCUCCCCUGUCUUUUUCUUCCUCACUCUGCUGUCCUCGUGCGGUCGUCGUCGGUUGCCUCCCGUUCUGCUACGUUGAAAUAGUUCCCGUUCGGCCCCGCCCCCGCCCCCGCAACACCAACACAACAUCAACGCACGCUGUUGAUCAUUGCUGUGAACCGCCUGUCGACAGCUCGUCACUAACCCUUUUGGCACCAUGGUUAUCCACUCCCUCCUUCGCAAGGCCAAGCAGGGGCUCAAUGACAUUUUGCCCGGAGAGGACAAGCAUUCGCACACGCACGAGGGUUACCAAUGUCGUGAGAGCGAGUGUGCAGAAUUCAGCGAGAAUCGCCAUUGCUCGUUUGCCCCUCGGUCGAGAGGGAAUGCGAAGUGGUAUGUGGAUGGCGCAACCUACUUUUGGGCCAUCUCCAUGGCUAUUGAAGAGGCCCGAGAGUCCAUCUACAUUCUCGAUUGGUGGCUGAGCCCCGAACUGUACCUGCGCCGACCCCCGGCCCAGAAUGAGAAAUACCGCCUGGACAGACUGCUCAAAGCCGCUGCUGAGCGAGGGGUGAGGGUCUAUGUACUCGUCUACAAGGAGGUCGAGGCUGCUUUGACUCGUGAGUUCAUCCACACCAAGAAUCAUCUUCAGGGACUCCAUCCCAACAUCAAAGUGUUCAGAUAUCCCGAUCAUCAUCCAGCCAAGAAUGUUGUCUCGGGCCUCCAAGACCUCCACACAAGUCUCGUGAGCCUCGAUCUCAAGAACUUCAACCUUGCCAAAGCAUCACAGAGCGCUAUUGAGGGUCUGUAUGGUACCGCCGAUGAUGUGGUUCUUUUCUGGGCACACCAUGAAAAGCUCUGUCUUGUUGACGGCAGGGUGGCUUUCAUGGGUGGCUUAGAUAUGUGCUUUGGUAGAUACGACACGAACAGCCAUCCCAUUGCCGACGCGCACCCAGGUAAUCUGGACAACAUCAUUUUCCCGGGACAAGAUUUCAACAACGCGAGAGUGUAUGAUUUUGAGGAGGUCAACAAAUGGGAAAACAACAAGCGUAAGUGGAACCAACACUUGCCAUGCAGUUGGUUGAUACUGACAAUUCUAGUCGACCGGACUAAGGCAUCGAGAAUGGGGUGGGCUGACGUUGCUAUCAGCUUGUCUGGGCCGAUUGUGGACAGCUUGGCCACGCAUUUCUGUGAACGAUGGAACUACAUCUUUGACAAGAAAUACUCCGGUCGUACUAACUUGAAGGUCCACCGUCUCACGGCCCCUGGAGUUCAAAAACACUCCGAUUAUGGCGCCCAUGCCUUGAUGGAUCAAGGAGAGGAGCUCCUGGGCGGCGUUCAGUCCAAGAUCACCUCCAAGCUGGGCAAAUUCUGGGGAGGAGGUGGAGAAGAGGCCGGUGUUUCUCAGGUCCAGGCGCCGCCUCAUCCUCCUGUCUGCAAUGCCAAUGAGCACGGCAUCGCCAACAUCCAGUUGGCGAGAAGUGUCUCGAAGUGGUCGCUUGGUGUGAGAACCGAGCAUUCUAUCGCCAACGCCUACAUUGACGCCAUCACGAACGCUAAGCACUUUGUGUACAUUGAGAAUCAGUUCUUCAUCACAGCCACCUCCAACAAGCAGAGACCGGUUCGCAACAAGAUCGGCAAAGCCAUCGUCGAUCGUGUCUUGCGUGCUCACAUAAACAAUGAAGACUUCCAGAUCAUUAUCAUGAUGCCUGCGGUUCCUGCCUUUGCUGGCGAUCUCAAGUCUGAAGGUGCCCUUGGCACCCGCGCGAUUAUGGAGUUCCAGUACAACAGCAUCAACCGCGGCGGCAGCAGUAUCAUCGAGACACUCAGGAGGGAAGGCGUCCAUGACCCUUACAGGUACAUCAACUGGUACAAUCUCCGCAACUAUGACCGCAUCAACAGAAGUCAGAUCAUGACCCGUGCCGAACGUGAGAGCGGGGUCAGCUACGAAGCUGCCCAUCGCGAUUUUGAGGACCGGUACAACUCCUCAAACUCUGGCGGGAACAAUAGCUACUACCGUCGCUACCAAGCGACCGCGACUUCCCUGACCGACCAGAGCUGGGACACCGUCUCGCCCUGCUACAUGGAGAGCGGCCUGUCCAUCCUCGGCGUUCCAUGGACUGGUAGCCCCGAGGAUGAGCUCGACGCCUUUGUCUCUGAGCAGCUUUACAUCCACACCAAGGUCCUCAUCGCUGACGACCAGCUGGUCGUCUGCGGUUCUGCCAACCUCAACGACCGCUCUCAGCUCGGCGACCACGACUCCGAAAUUGCCGUCAUCAUCGAGGACCCGACGCCGAUCAGAACUUAUAUGAAUGGCCGCCCGUACACGGCUUCCCAGUUUGCCACCUCCCUCCGCCGCUUCCUCUACCGCAAGCACCUCGGUCUCGUUCCCCACCAACAUCCCGACCGUCCUGACAUCAACUGGACGCCCGUCACCCACGACGCGGUCAAUCAUUACGACUGGGACUCCCCUUCGGACCGCCUCGUCGCCGACCCUCUUUCGCCCGACUUCAUCAACUUGUGGCGUGGCACCGCCCGCCGCAACACCGAAAUCUUCAGCAGGGCCUUCCACCCUGUCCCCAACGACAAGGUCAGGACUUGGGAGGAUUACGACAACUUCUUCUCCAAGCACUUUGUCAUCCCCGGUGAGCCGGCCGAGCAGGCAGAGGAAGGGUACAAGAACGGCAAGGUCGACUACGGGCACGUUGUCAGGGAGAACUUUCCCGGUGGUGUGGGUGAGCUAAAGAUGUGGCUCAGCGGCAUCAGGGGCAACCUUGUGGAGAUGCCGCUCAACUUCUUGAUUGACGUCCCUGACAUCGCGGAGGAUGGGCUGGCGCUGAACAGCUUGACGGAUGAGCUUUAUACCUGAUGAUACCUGAGGUGGCUUGGAUAGAAUGGUCUGAUUUGGUGUUGGCUAGCUGGUCAGUUGUCGUGAAGCAAUACAUGUUCUUUCUCGUUCUCUA